UCGGCAGUUAUUUAUUUGGUCAACCGGCAAAAUAAACUGCUGUAUCGGGAAAAUGACAUUACCGUGGAUUACUAAACCAUGCGCCGCUUUUGUGAUGUUGUUUACCGGAUUCUGCUUAGUUUGUGUUUUUUGUUUGCUUGUUGAUGCAGCCGAUCAUCGCUCCAAAAGUGAUCCCAGGCUAACGGCCAACUGGAAGUUGACGAUCAGCCGGACCUUGUCGGCCACGCCCACCCGCGCUAAACGCGACCACCGUUCCAGCGCCUCCUCGGAAGAACACCGCUCUCGCAACCGCUACUGGAACAGCAAUGGGCUGCUGCGCAUGGCCCCGGUUAAUCAGAGUCCGGCCCGGCAGAAUAACGCCCUCCCGGUGGCCAUGCUGCUGCUGUUCUCCGGUCUGGGAGGUGGAGGUGGAGGCGGCCACAUUGGAGGCGGUGGCGGUGGACUGUUGGACGGCGGAGGCGGUGGCGGCGAAAUGGGACUCCUGCCAGGUCCGCCGGUCCCGCCCGCACCCGGCCCCGGAGGAGGCGGCGAUUUCGAUAAUCUAUGGAAUCUUAUCGAAAAUUAUCUAUUCGACACGGACCCCACCGCCAAAUUAACCGCCCGCCGCCCCUUAGCCCCGCCCACCCUGCAGUUGCGCCGUGUCGCGGAUGUACCGCCCGCUGACGGCGCUCUGCGGGAGAAAAUCUCCUCGUCCGCCGCGCUCUUAGCGCGCCCGCCCGCCGCUUCCGAGUUCCGCAAUGCGCGCCGCCCACAGCGCCGCCGGCAUCUGUGA